CUUGAUAGCUGUCCAGCAGAGGGGCGGAGCCGAGCGCCUACUGCGUAGAAAAGCCUCCGCCGAUGAGUAACCGCAGUAGCAGGUUCUAGCGGACAGCGAGGUGGCAGAUUUGGUGGACAGGCACAAUGAGAGUUCAAAGGCGACUCCUCUUCCUGCUGCUUCUUCUGGCUGUCCUCUGUUCCACAGGUGUCAGCCUCAGGUGCUACAACUGUUUGGACCCAGUUUCCUCAUGCAAAAUGAAUACGACUUGUUCACUGAACCAGGAUUCCUGCCUCAUUGCUGUGUCCGGAAGGCAAGUCUAUCAACAGUGUUGGAAAUUUUCGGAUUGCAAUUCCAUGACCCUUUUGAACCGAUUAGAACUGGCAACUGUACAAUACAGAUGCUGCCAGGUGGACAUGUGUAACAAAAAGCUCAAAGAAGAAAGUGAUGACCAGAAAGGAAAUAAGGCGACCUCCUUGUCGGGGAAGACUGCAUUGCUGGGGACCUCAGUGCUGGCAGUCAUCUGGAAGCUGUGUUUCUAGGUCGUCAUGGAGCUCUGGGGCACCUCUGUUCUUACCUUUUCUGCUGCUGCAGCACUCCAAAGCUGAUAUUUUCCAUUAUAUCCUUUUGGGAAAGAAUAAAGUUUAUCUGAACACUGUGGACAAGAGGAAGGGAUCUAAGCAGUGUGGAGGACCGCCCUGCACACAGGGAAGUUUAAGAGUGAAGUUCAUGGAUCCAACUCCAAUAGGUUUUUUGAAUCUUCCUUUGCCCUUGGGAGCACUGCCUUUCUGUUUCAGCUUAACUGGGCUUUUGGCAACCCUCAGGGAUGUCUCUCUGGUUCCUAGAAUGUAGCUGAGAGGUUUAGUCAGUACCUUUAGGAGUGAGUGAACCAGGGGGAUUCUUUUCAUCAUUUUGUCACACUCAUAAAAUGCUUUCAUAGCCUUGCAAAUCCAAAAAAAAAAAGCGUGUGAGUAUUCCAGAUGUGAACUGUCAGGAGCAGUGAUGUUGUUGUUUUUUUUUGUUUUUUUAAUUUUAUUAUAAUGCUAGGAAUGAAACCCAGAUCCUUGAGCAUACAGGCAAAUGCUGUACCCUUAAGGCAUACUCCCAGCUCAAGCCUAGUAUCUCAGCACUCAUGAGGCCUAGGCAGGAGAAUGGCCAUAAGUUCAAGGCCAGCUUGACUACAAAGUGAGUUCCAGGUCACCCAGAACUAUAGUAAGACUUUACCUCCAAAAAAAAAAAAAGAAAAGAAAAAGAAAAAAGAAAAAGAAAAAUCAAAGCAAUAACAAAAAAAGGAAGAAGGAAACACAAAAAGUCCAUCUAUUUUUUUUUAUAGAAGUACCAGUGACUACAAUUUGACUUUUCCCGCAUCUCUAAAUUCAAUUUCCUGCAUCUCUAAAUUUUGCAUAGGCUUUCCCAGCUUUUUUAAGAAAAAUGUAAUUGCCUACAAUAAUGCUGUAUUUAAGCUAUUCCCUCUCAUUUCUUAGAAAAGCAGAUUAUCUUGACUUUGCUCCACAUAAUGAAGUAGUAAACAGCCUGUGCUAUAUGACA